GUAGGAUCGUUCUAUGCAGCGACAGAAAUGGAAUCUUUUGAUUAUUAUGAUUCUGAGGGAGAGGAUCUCGAAGGAAUAGACACAGUGGAUGGUGGAAAUUUUCCUGGAACACUGUGUGUGAUAGUCUUUCAGCAAAAGGCCAAUGAGUACACUGUAAACUGGCUCACAGACUUGAUUCAACAACCUAGGAGAGCAGGUGGAGCUGGACUUUUGGUGAAAAAACAGGGAAACCUGGUUCACAUUAGUGCUACAGAUACAAGAUUACUGGAAACAGCAGAAUUAAUGGAGAUAAAGAAAGCUGACAAGAAUGGCUUACUUAGAGAAUUUACUCUUCAAGAUAUGGACUUGUUUUUACAUAAAGGUAUGAAUUCCAGUGAUUUGCUAACCACUUCAGAGAAACAGCGAAUUGUCUUUCAUGAACUAGAAAAUAUACGAUCUGUGGAUAAACAAUUUUUAUUUGGUUAUCCUGGAGUUAAGUUAUACCCAGGCCAAUCCAUUGUUCAAGUUUGUCAAAAUAAUGGAAUUAUAAUGCAAGUGUUUCCACUUCAUGAUGAAGAAGAUAUCAGAAAACUAGAAGCCUCUUGGUACAGAUCAUUUUUCUCCUCUCAACCAAUUGAGGAUAUUCGAAGAUAUUUUGGUGAAGCUGUGGUUUACUUUGCCUUUUUGGACUUCUAUACUUGGGCUUUGGUCCCACCAGCUCUUAUUGGAAUUUUACAGCUGAUUCUUACAGGCAUUACAUUACACACCUCUGCUUUCUUUGCUGUUUUUAACUUACUGUGGGUUACAAUUUUCCUGGAAUCCUGGAAAAGAAGAUCAAAUGAAUUAGCAUACUCUUGGGGCACAAUCAACAUGAUGGUUUUCCAAGAACAUCGUUCUACUUUCCGAGGAAAGUGCAUGGCUGUAGAUCCUGUUACUGGCCGUCAUGUUCCCAUGUAUCCUCCAUGGAAAAGAUAUUUUAAGGUUUAUUGCAUUUCCUUGCCAGUAGUGUUCCUGUGCCUACUUGUAGCUAUACUCAUUAUGCUGAUGUACAUUAGGAUUGAAGAGUAUGUGUUUCAACUCUACAGAGACACUGAAGAUCCAUUUAGUUAUGCCAUGACUCAAUUACCUGGAAUUGUCUAUACCAUAAUUGUGUUUAUUCUUAAUGUUGGUUAUCGUCAUUUUGCCACCCGUCUUACUGAAUGGGAGAAUCAUCGCACCCAAACAAAGUUUGAUAACCACAGGAUUGUUAAGCUUGUGUUGUUUGAAUUUGUCAACAACUUCUUAUGUCUGUUUUAUAUUGCUUUUUACUUGAAAGAUCUGGAGAUGCUACGUUGGCAACUGGCUCUCAUGCUGAUUAUCAACCAGCUGAUAAACCAGUUUCAAGAGGCAUUUCUACCUCUCCUAGUGAAGUAUUGGCAAACCAGAGUUAGGAGACUCAGCAUUUCCACUAAGUCUGAUUCAUCAUUUGAUGAACACACUGAAAAAGUAGAAGAAUUUGAGACUUGGGGUAGAACAGAGCAAGCACUGGUUGAGAGGGAUAUGGUGCCUUAUGAAGGCACCUAUGAUGAUUAUUUGGAAAUGUUUAUCCAGUUUGGGUAUGUUUUCCUGUUUUCUUCCGUCUAUCCAUUGGCUGCCUUUUGGGCUCUUCUUAAUAACAUUCUGGAAGUGAAAACUGAUGCUUUCAAACUAUGUAAGGUAUACCAAAGGCCUGUUGCUAGGCCUGCCAGAGGAAUUGGAGCAUGGCAGAAAGCCUUUGAAGUCAUGAGUGCAGUGGCAGUGAUGACAAACUGUGCUUUACUUUGCAUGUCUUCAGCAGUUAGGUCCUUAGCACCAACACUAUCGCCGACUGACUGGGUACUUGUCAUGGUGGCAGCUGAGCAUAUUAUAAUGGCUAUUAAAUUUACUUUGGUCUACCUCAUUCCUGAUGUGCCAGAGUGGGUCAACUUGGCACUGCAGAAAAUACAAUAUGAUUCUCAAAGAGCACUAAAAUCUGAGAAAAAAUGGAAGAUUCGACAAGUAUUAAGAAGGUUAAAUACUGUUUGUGCCAGUAAACCCAUCCGUAAUCGAAGAUGAUUACAAAAGAAACAACAUAUUUCACUGAUUGAUUGAAAAUCAUGUUUUUUUAAUUACUAAUAGAAAAUUGACUAAUUACUGGAAAAAAAGAAAAGAACAAACUGAAUUUGUAGUUGUUUAUACUCUCAAUUAGGUUUAAGGAUAGUUUCAAAAUUUUGGUCAGUUUAUUUUCUUAUUUAUUUAGCAGCAUAAACAUUCAUACCUCCGAGUUCUUAAAAAAUCAGGAUUUAUUGAAUAUAAACUUUAUAACACAGACUAGUUGAUUUUACUUUACACUCUGGCAUUUUAAAGUGUGUUGUUUUUAAUAAAUUAUUGUUCUCCAGUGGCUUAGCAGUAAGCCUGAGGGUUUACGUUGCUACAAUACAGAGAUUGAAACUUGUGAUAAGUACAGCACAGAUAGCUAACGGCAAUAAAAAUGAUGAUAAUUUUUUUUUUACAAAAUUAUGUUUGUUACAUUUUGGCAUGAAAGAUAAUUGAUUAUUGUGGAUGUACUCUCCUAAUAUACCUGUUGUCUUGAUUUGUACAUGAAAUGAAAUAUUUUAUUUGUUAGCAAAAGCUUUGAUUAUAUUUGUUAAUUAUGUUAUCUAUGUCAAAUGCUGAUGACAUUAGGUUAGGAACAACCUUAAACAUUUGUACCAAUUUAAUACUUCAUGUUGCAGCAAAAGGAACAUGUCUCUGUAGCAUGUAGCUUUUUCAUGAUAAGUCUAAUCAUCAUAUGACAAUAUUAAGACAUUAAACACUGUAUAAUAUUGGAAACUGUAAUUACACAGGCCUGCGAAUUUAAACUUCAUAAAAGUUGUUUUAU